CCCACCUCGCCGGCGCGCCUCGCCUCCUCUUCCUCUCGGGUCUCCUCCCCGCCCCCGGGCCGGCUCGCCAAUGGCUUCGUUCCCCGAGACCGACUUCCAGAUCUGCCUGCUGUGCAAGGAGAUGUGCGGCUCGCCGGCGCCGCUCUCCUCCAACUCGUCGGCCUCGUCCUCGUCCUCGCAGACGUCCACGUCGUCGGGGGCGGCGGCGGGGCCGGGCGCCGGGGCGCGCCGCCUGCACGUCCUGCCCUGCCUGCACGCCUUCUGCCGGCCCUGCCUCGAGGCGCACCGGCUGCCGGCCGCGGGCGGCGGCGCGCCCGGAGAGCCGCUCAAGCUGCGCUGCCCCGUCUGCGACCAGAAAGUCGUGCUGGCCGAGGCGGCGGGGAUGGACGCGCUGCCCUCGUCCGCCUUCCUGCUCAGCAACCUGCUGGACGCCGUCGUGGCCACGGCCGACGAGCCGCCGCCCAAGAACGGCCGUGCCGGCGCCCCAGCCGGCGCGGGCGGCCACAGCAACCACCGGCACCACGCGCACCACGCGCACCCGCGAGCGCCCGCCUCGGCCCCGCCGCUCCCGCAGGCGCCGCCGGCGCCCGCGCCCUCCCGCCCCGCGCCCGGCGGCCCGGCGGCCUCCCCGUCCGCGCUGCUGCUGCGCCGGCCGCACGGCUGCAGCUCCUGCGACGAAGGCAACGCCGCCUCGUCCCGCUGCCUCGACUGCCAGGAGCACCUGUGCGACAACUGCGUCCGCGCGCACCAGCGCGUGCGCCUCACCAAGGACCACUACAUCGAGCGCGGCCCGCCGGCUCCCCCGGCCGCCGCCGCCGCGCAGCAGCUCGGGCUCGGGCCUCCCUUCCCCGGCGCGCCCUUCUCCAUCCUCUCGGUGUUCCCCGAGCGCCUCGGCUUCUGCCAGCACCACGACGACGAGGUGCUGCACCUGUACUGUGACACUUGCUCAGUGCCCAUCUGUCGUGAGUGUACAGUGGGCCGGCAUGGGGGCCACAGCUUCAUCUACCUCCAGGAGGCGCUGCAGGACUCACGGGCACUAACCAUCCAGCUGCUGGCUGACGCCCAGCAGGGCCGCCAGGCUAUCCAGCUGAGCAUCGAGCAGGCCCAGACGGUGGCAGAACAGGUGGAGAUGAAGGCAAAGGUGGUACAGUCAGAAGUCAAAGCCGUGACUGCAAGACAUAAGAAGGCCCUGGAGGAGCGGGAGUGUGAGCUGCUGUGGAAGGUAGAGAAGAUUCGACAGGUGAAAGCCAAGUCUUUAUACCUGCAGGUGGAGAAGCUGCGGCAAAACCUAAAUAAGCUGGAAAGCACCAUCAGCGCUGUACAGCAGGUCCUGGAGGAGGGGCGGGCGCUGGACAUACUGCUGGCCCGAGACCGCAUGCUGGCCCAGGUGCAGGAGCUCAAGACCGUGCGCAGCCUCCUGCAGCCCCAGGAAGAUGACCGGGUCAUGUUCACACCCCCUGACCAGGCACUGUAUCUCGCCAUCAAGUCCUUCGGAUUCGUCAGCAGCGGGGCCUUUGCACCACUCACCAAGGCCACGGGUGAUGGUCUCAAGAGGGCGCUCCAGGGCAAGGUGGCUUCUUUCACCGUCAUCGGCUAUGACCACGAUGGGGAACCUCGUCUUUCCGGAGGUGAUCUAAUGUCAGCCGUGGUCCUCGGCCCUGAUGGCAAUCUGUUUGGCGCAGAGGUGAGCGAUCAGCAGAAUGGGACUUAUGUGGUGAGCUACCGGCCCCAGCUAGAGGGCGAGCACCUGGUGUCCGUCACUAUGUGCAACCAGCACAUAGAGAACAGCCCCUUCAAGGUGGUGGUCAAGUCGGGUCGCAGCUACGUAGGCAUCGGGCUUCCCGGCCUGAGCUUCGGCAGUGAAGGUGACAGCGACGGCAAACUCUGCCGCCCCUGGGGCGUGAGUGUGGACAAGGAGGGCUAUAUCAUUGUCGCGGAUCGCAGCAACAACCGCAUCCAGGUGUUCAAGCCCUGUGGUGCCUUCCACCACAAGUUCGGCACCCUGGGCUCCCGGCCCGGGCAGUUUGACCGACCAGCCGGAGUGGCCUGCGACGCCUCCCGAAGAAUUGUGGUGGCGGAUAAGGACAAUCAUCGCAUUCAGAUCUUCACAUUUGAGGGCCAGUUCCUCCUUAAGUUUGGUGAGAAAGGAACCAAGAAUGGGCAGUUCAACUACCCUUGGGAUGUGGCUGUGAAUCCUGAAGGCAAGAUCCUGGUCUCUGACACUCGGAACCACCGGAUCCAGCUGUUUGGGCCGGAUGGAGUCUUCCUGAAUAAGUACGGCUUCGAGGGAGCUCUCUGGAAGCACUUUGACUCCCCGCGGGGUGUGACCUUCAACCACGAGGGCCACUUGGUGGUCACCGACUUCAACAACCACCGGCUCCUGGUCAUUCACCCCGAUUGCCAGUCAGCACGCUUCCUGGGCUCGGAGGGUACCGGCAAUGGGCAGUUCCUGCGCCCGCAGGGUGUGGCCGUGGACCAGGAGGGUCGCAUCAUCGUGGCCGAUUCCAGGAACCACCGGGUACAGAUGUUUGAGUCCAACGGCAGCUUCCUGUGCAAGUUCGGUGCUCAGGGCAGCGGCUUUGGACAGAUGGACCGCCCUUCCGGCAUCGCCGUCACCCCAGACGGAAUGAUCGUUGUGGUGGACUUUGGCAACAAUCGAAUCCUCGUCUUCUAAUCACGUUUUCUAGGCUUCUGUGUUUGGGGUGUGCAUGUGUGCGUCUCUCUCUCUCCUUUUGAAUUUCAAAGACGAAACAGUCUCAGGGAAAUUUCUUUUUUUCUUUUGUUUAAAAGAGAACAAGAAGAGUACAACAUUGCUUAAGUCCUACCUCAUCUUUAUUUUUUUACAGAUGAAUGUACUUAUCUUUUCUGCAGGGAUUGAGCCUGUGAAGUGAUAAUUUCUAUCUACCUCAUCAAUCUGUACAUUUCCUCUCCAGCAGGCCCUCUGCCCCCUCCUCCUGUCCUCACUCCGUGGAGUUCACGCUUCCCUUUUCCUCUCCGGUGGGGCGUGAUAUGCACAAGCCUCGCAUCUCUGUGGCUGGGAGGGCACUGGAUGUGUGUGGUGGGUGAAUUCUGUAGAUUGAGCCAAGGAAACACAAAAAAAAACUACUAAGUAAAAACAAAAAAUUAUAAGACAUGGAAAAAUAGGAUUUAAAAUGCUUAUAGAGUUUCUGUGUUCGUGAGAAUACUAUGUUUAUGGAGUUAGAUUGUGUUGUGUGAUCUUAUUGGAAAAAUCUUUUUUUUUUUUUUUUUAAAUUUUGUUUCCUUUUUGAAAUGCUGCAACAGAUAACUUUGCUGUGUUCUCCUUUUAUACCUCAGUGUUUAUCAUCCUGUUCAGAGUUUUUUCUUAUUAGACGAUGUGGCCGUCACUUACUAGCUGAGAAAAGCAGACUAUUCCUAUUUUAGGAUAUGUAAUUUUUUUUUUUUUUAAGGGAAGAUAGGUGUGUAUUUGUGUAAGCCAUCUUGCACCGAAAUAGUAAAGCUGAAAAUGAUAUGCCACCUCCUAAAGAAACCUCUUUUUACACUUUAGUUUCCACCAGAAAGUAGAUGUAGUUCAGGAUUUUUUCAAAAGUAUUCUUAAACAGUCAAGUUUGCUGUUGGUUAUAAAGAGGGUUUUCAGACAUUGGACUGACAUGUGGACAUAAGUGUGGGUGACAUGCAUGUGCUGGGUAGUAAGUGGAGAGCACGAUAAAGAAGCAAGGCACCCCCAAACUGUGGGAGGGCAUGGGCCAAUCCCUAACCUUAGUUUGAAUGUUUUUCUGUAAUGCUAGUUCUUUGUUUUGCUAGGAAGAGUAGGCAAAGGGAUAUACUUUUAUUUUAAAAGCACAAUUUUUUCCUGCUUUGGAUGUUCAGGGAAAUUGAAUGUUUGAAGUCACAUUAAUAGUUACAGUCCACCCCCACACCCUUUGCUAGGGUUGCUUUUAUGCUGUAGGACUUCUUGGUUAACCUGAGCCCCCUCCCCCAGCAAGGCCUUUGAAUGUAAAGGAUUUGUAAACCAAAUUGCCCCAGCCUGAAAUGUAAGGACUAAGAUCUUCUGUUAAACUUACUUCUUGGUACCAAAGAAUGCAAAUUUAAGCCAGUCUCCCACUGCCGUACUGUGGGAUGGCAUUUGUCACUUUACAGUGUUUGUGGUAAACUAGGUACAAAACCUAUGCUUCUGGGCAUUACCUGUAUUUUGAUUGGGAAGUAGGUAAAAGCAAAUACCCUGCUUGUCAAAACCCAUAUGGGUCCCUGUGUUCUCCCACAAUGAAGUAAGAACUACUUUCCAGAGUAACACACCUCAGGAAAAAGAGGUGUUUUCAGACAGCAGUGGAGUACCGGGAGACCUCUUCUUUCCACACACGGACUAAUAAGAUCAUUUGGCAAGCAAGGUUUGCAAGUGAAAGUCCUUUUCAUUAAAAAGACUGACAUCAGUUUCCAUUCCUUACUGAAGAGAAAUUUCUGUUGCAAUAUGUAGUUUUAAAUGAGCAGAAUAAAUUCACAAAUAAUUUGUUUUUUCUCAUCCCAAGAAAAGGAGAUGAUGGGGAACAAUGUGGAGAACUAAUCAAGGUCUUUUCCCCCAUCCACCUCUUCUGGCCAUUCAGUUUCUGCUUAAAGGUACCUGUGUGUUCUCAUUGCUUUAGUUUCUGAGUGACCAAGGGAGAGAAACAUUGCUUCAUAAAGGAGAGCGGUAUGUAAUAAUGGAUUCAAAAAUUUGAAAAGUAGCUUCACACAGCUGCCUCCCAGCUGCUGCAUUACAGGGUGGGGAGGAGUUAGGAAAUCAUGUUUUGUAAAAGCGCCUUUUCCUUUUAUUGAAGAAUUUAAUGAUGAGCCCUUUCCAAUUCAUACUCAGUUGCCUUUUAUUUUGUCCCCUAAGCUCUUUGGUAAAGACAUCAUGCAAUUAAACAUUUUUUAUUGGUUUUUAUUUCAGAAUAACUUGGUGCUAAUCCUCCUUCCCUCACAUACCACCCUUCACCCCCAUAUCACCCUUUAAAUACCAAAGACAACUGCUUUUAAAUGCUUAAAUAUUUUUUACUGAGGAAAUGAUCUUAAAAGUUCUUUAAAGUUUCUCAGAAACCUAGGUAAUGACUGGGGCAGUUUACUUCAGGUAGUUGCUGCUUUGAUUAUUCCAUCCUCACUUUUGUACUAUCCAUCAUCUUUACUUUUGUCUUCCCAGUUUCUCCAUAUGUGGGAAAAUCUUGGGACCUGAGUGAGAGAUUUUCUUAGUGAAUAACUGUAACUAAAACUGCUUUAUUAGUUAAAAUUUUUAUGUGGAUUUGGUUGUAAAGCCAGGGUUUCUUUGCAUGGCUGAAAUAAAUCAAGGUCUUAAUAAGACUGACCCGAUUCGCAGGCUUAAAGCUGGUAAGCCCUCCCCUGACUUUGAGUGUGCAAGUGGGUGUUGUCCUGGCUCCCUGUUCUCAGUGGCGGCACACCGCCUUACCUUUUGCACCCAGAAUUAUGCCUGGUUGCCAUUUGAGAAGCAUGGUCACACUUGGGAAGCUUUUGUUUUUAAAACAUUGGCCAUCUGUGGCUGCCCAUGGUUGACUCCUGACCCACGUGGACUGGUGCAAAGCACUUUGGAGUGUGUUUAUUGUACAAUGUAGAAUGCUCCAAAUCAAAGAGAUGCGAAAAGCAAAUGUUUAGAACUCCCUAGUGUGAGUGAGGCUGUUUAAAAAUAGGAAUAUUUAAAUGUGUGUCCACUGCCCAUUAUGAGGUGAUGCUAGGGCAGAUAGGAAUUGGG